GAGCGUAGUCCAUAGAAAAAUGGCCUGAGUUUUGUUGUGCCCAGUACUGAGUGCCCAACCGUGACUAAAGGGAUGGAUCCCUUGUUGAUAUAGCUGAAAGUGGGUGGAAUCAAUCGUUUAGUAUAGUUGAUCACGGCUGCAUUUAGGAUAGGAGCGAUCUUUUCAUCCAACUAUUACAUACAUAAGAGAAGAAAGCUGUUAGCUUAGGGCAGAGGUAUGCCCUAACUAAGCCUACCCGAGUUCACAGAUGUCGUUGUUUAUCCCUUUCUUUAUUCAUGAAAAUUGGGGGAGUGUUCAGUCUAUCUGAGUAUAAGAUCGAAAAGAAUGAAUGCAUUGAUUGCAUUUCAAGUGAGAUGUCCAAGAGAAAGGGAACGAGGGGAAGAAGCGACGAAGAAAAGAAGUGAAUGAAAAAGCAUGGCAUGACGAGAAUGGAGAAAUUCGAGAUGUUAGAUGAACUUCCCUAUGGUAUGGGGCAUGGCGGUCGAACCCUUUUUACAAGGAUUUCACGACAUUUCGGCGAGCGCGGGGCAAAGGACGCUACCGCAGGUUCCCGGGAAUCCAAUCCACUUUCUAUAAUAAGGGGAAGGAACUUCGGUGGUCGAAGGGGAGGGAGGUCUCCCAAAAUGAGAUUUGGACGGCUGUGGAAAUUGCGGAACGAAAGCAAUGGCAAGACCUUCUCUCGUCCAAGGAGUGGCGGUUAACGGAGCGGCAUUUCAAUCUCUGCGAAAGCAGAAUUUCCGCUAUUGUAACAAAGACUUUGUCCUUAUAUAAGGAUAAGGAUAAGGAAGGACACCUAAAUCUAAACAUCAAAGAAGAAGCGGAUAUUGCCAGAGGCAUUGAUGCCUACUUUGCCGAUCUAAACCGCUUCACGUCUAAUCAACAGCGGUUACGGCAUAUUCAACGAGUCCGCGAGUGUAUAGGCAACCAAAAAAGUCCAAUAUGGCGCGAGAUAAGGGGCUACAUGGAAAAAAAAAAAAAAAGAUCUAAUCUAAUAAGUUCUUCUAUCUUUCUUUUUAUCCUUUGAAUUACUCAUCUAUAUCCUAUGUAUGAUUUUCAUUUCGCAUCGGAAACUAUUUUAGGAGAAGUUCGAAUCCGUUCCGUUCGGAUAUUGAUCGGUCUUGGUUUGACAUGGUUUACGCGUUACUGGUUCCCGGAAGAGUUAAUAUCUCCAUUAGCUAAACCCUUUCUUACCCUGUCUUUGGACUCGUAUUUUGUUUGUACACAAUCAACGGAGGCCUCCCCGACAUAUGUUGCAACGUCUUCAAUAGCAUGUUCUUACUUCGUCUUUCCCUUAAUAAGUCAUCAAAUUUGGUGCUUUUUGAUCCCCAGUUGCCAUGGGGAACAAAGGAGGAAAUACAAUCGAUUCCUCUAUUUAAGUGGUUCUCGCUUCUCCUUGUUCCUGUUCCUAACUCUUCCCCGGGUAGUUCCCAAUGUUUGGUACUUUUUAUACUUCGUGGGUGCAACAUCAACAAAUUCGCUCAUGAUCAAGUUACAACCUAAGAUCUAUGACCAUAUUAUGCUAACUGUUCAGAUUUCGUUCAUUCCAUCGGUAUGCUCUCAGGUACCUGUAAUUGUGAUCUGUUUGCCAGAACCAAGGGGUCUUUCUGUGGAAACCUUCACGAACAAUCGUCGUUUUUUGAUGGUUUUUCCGCUUCUCACCGCUGCUCUUUCCACACCUCCAGAUAUCUGGUGCCAAAUCGUCGCCCAUUUCCUUAUUUCUUCGAUAAUAGAGUUGACUAUCUUUGUGGCAUCGAUUGUACAAGUUCGUGAAGAGGCUGGACGAGUGGAAUGAGGGAAAGCGGCUCAAUUGACAAAAAAGAAGAGUAGCCCCCCCCGAAGCUGCGAAGCAUUUAAGGACGCAGCCAAACACUAUGCGUUUUAUGUCGACGAUAUAGAGGGGGAGAAUUAAAAAAUACAAUUUAUAAUUAACUUUAUGCACGAGCUCCAGAAUCCGGGGAGCCUGUUAUGCUUCCGGAUCGAGGAGGAGGCCGCAAAAUGGCGGCCAUGGCCGGAUUGAAGGACAAUUAUUUUUGUUUCUCUGUUGGGUAAAACUAGUAUGUAUAAAGGGAAGGCGGGCCUUUGUCAUGGUGAGUUCUCCUUGGUUGGGUUGCUUCCGUGAUAAGUGAGGAGGGGAGUGGUGAGGGGGGCCCCUCGCAAAUGGUUCUCGCAUUCACUAUUUCAUUUCAGUAAUCCAAUAACGAGCAAAGCCAUUUUUAGCCAUUACACUCGGAAUCCGUAGUUCCUUUACUGGUAGUAUGAGCAAGGAAAAGGAAGGAGGCUAGUCCCCGAAAAUGCCUUUUGAAGUUG